GUCAUAUGCUUCGCGUUAAGGCUGGGUCCAACUUCGCGUAUAUUAAUACAUAAAUCGGUAUGAAACAUCUCAUUCGUCUUCAACUAAGUACAAGGAACGGCUGUACCUACUUCUUCGGUCAUUGGUGGCUCGGCGAUAUCGUCAUUUUCCACAGGGCAUCUAGCUCUACAUAUUCGAGGCUGACCGGAGGAGCUUGUGACGCGAUCAACUAUAUUUAUUGCGACCGCGCCCAUCUGAUUGACAGAUUUCACCACAAACGCGUGCUUGCUCAGACGGCUGCAUCUAUCUGCCGGCGUAAAGUUGUAAACACUCAAGUUCCGGGACGAGAAUCACUUGGCCCUACUGGAUCUCCUCAUGGCAAACUCAGACCUCAAUCUACAUGAAGAUGAUCCCGAAAUCAAUCCAAGUUCAUCCGAGUUGAAAUCAAGCAACAAGCAGACCAAUCUCAGUCAAUCGGAUCCCCUCCCUCCUCUUGAUGGACCAACGGCUUUCAAAGAGCUCAAGGGGCAACAGAUUGCGGAAGCUCUGAGUAGCAUACGCGUCGGAUUGGAGGAAGACCGACUGAAUCCGACCCUCAAUGCGCCCCCCUGGCUACAGAUACUCUCUAACCUAUCGGACACAUCUGGAUCAAGAUGUGAACCCAAUUUUCCUCAGAACAAAGCCGCCCCAGUUUUCGAGCAUCACAUCCGCCCGCCACAGUAUACGUGGUGUGGUCUGUUAGACAGGAAUGCAUACCCCAAGAGAGAUAACAUCCGCUCUCACGAAUCCAACGAGCUAACGGCAAUCCGGUUUGUGCCGUAUUUCGAGGCGUAUGACAAGCAGAGCCCCGCAGAAAAACUGAAAGAAUUGGAAGAAACCGCAAGCACAGAGAAAUAUGAAAUUUGUUUGACUGAUCGUAUAUGUCCUGAUGUUCUUCGUCAAAACUUUUAUGAGCUGGUUGAAGCUUUCAAUUUACCAUCAAAUGAAUGUCUGUUAGGCAUUAUGAGCCCACUGCCGCCAAACGGCAUAACCGAACCACCCUCAGAUGAUCAACUGAUCCAAUCUCUAGCUCUCAAAAUUAGCGGCAAUGACGAAGCGAAAUUUUCCCGGCUUUACGAUAUCUAUUCUCGUGAUUGGACUCGCUUGAAAAAAAGUUCUCGCCUUAAAAACACGCCGAUUCCGCUCCGCAUCAUUUCCUCAGAGUUCUCAAUUGCUGAAAUCAUAGAUAGCUUUCGCUUGACAUUACCAGCCAAUAAGAGGAUCUUCAAGACCUCGGCGUCUGAUUCCUCAAACUGGAGUAAAUUGUGUCAUAUCUGUCAGCAGUUCUACUGUGAGGGACACUAUGACCAACGUGUACCAGGGAAACCGAGACAUCACUCUCCCAAUUGGAGGUCACCAUCACCUGACAGGUAUUUAAAUGCUUUACCUGUUGAUACUGGCGGAUAUGUCCCCUGUUCGCAUUCCGGAAAAUGUUUUGCAAAUCAAGACUGUGAUUGCUACAAAUUAACGACUUACUGUGAUCGAUUCUGUCAGUGUGCAGAAAGUUGCCCACGAAGAUACCAAGGUUGUCGUUGUCGUCGAAUCUGCGAUGAAGAUUGUGAAUGCGUCCAACGGAAUCGAGAAUGCGACCCUUUGUUGUGCAAAUGUCCAACCUGCAAACCCACUAAUCCAUGUAGUAACUUUAUGUUUGCUAAAAAGAAAAAGAGGACCUUUGUGGCACCUAGUAAGAUUUCGGGAUUCGGACUGUUUGCCGGAGAAGCAAUCUCGAUGGGAGAUUAUAUAGGAGAAUACACCGGUGUUUUACUGCGCUCAGAUGAGCUGGCAAAGCAGAGCAUGUUAACCAGUCUAUCUAAGAGUAGCUAUCUUUUUGAUCUGAACCAAUUCGAUACGGUCGAUAGUGGCAAGUUUGGCAACCGAACUCGUUUCAUUAAUGAGCCAAUCAAUAAGCGAUACAAUGCCGAUCCAUGUGUCUGGUACGUUGCUGGAACACAGGUUUUAAGAAUCUUUGCAAGCAAGAAGAUUCGAGUUGGAGAAGAGAUUACAAUCAACUAUGGGGAGUCGUAUCAUGCUCGAGAUUGGUCUUGAAGCAAAUAUGCAAAGCUGUAUUAAGCUUCAACUGUUUUAUGCUUGUUAUAAUUUUUUACAGGAGAAGUCCAAUUACUAGUAGACAUACAUGUCAGGAAUCAGCAAUGUAUGCUCUAUAUAAAUCUAAUUUUGAUCAUAGACAAAACAAAGCCCAGAAAUACAGCUCAGGAUGAUAUCCAUGGGUGACUGUGAUUAUACAUUAUCAAUGAUACAUAUG